AUUUCUAACAUGGACAUGGAUGCGGUUGCAGCGAAGAUGCUGUCCGAGUGGAAGAGCUGUGAGGGCGCUUUUGGAGAAGGGGACUCGCUCCAGUCCGCCUCGCCGCUGUCCUCCUCCAUGGACUCCAUGUGUUCCUCGCCGGAGAUGGGCUACUCCAGCGGGCAUCAUCAUCACCACCGGGACGACGAGGACUUCUCGCAGCGGCAGGGCAAACCCAAGAUGUCCACCAAGAGACGCAUGAAGGCCAGCGAGAGGGAGAAGAUGCGCAUGAGGAGUCUGGCCGAGGCUCUGCACCAUCUCCGCGACUUCCUGCCUCCAGACUACAGCAAGAGAGGCCAGCCCCUCACCAAGAUACAGACCCUGAAAUACACCAUCGAGUACAUCAACAAGCUCUCAGGCAUCCUGGGCCAUGCGUAA